AUGCCACUGCAAACGGUCCGUGGAACUGAGGUAGUGGAAACUCUUCGUCAUGAAGAUAAUAGUAAAGUUCCUAUUUUACAGUACAUGCUUCAACUGCAGCGUUUCCUUGCUCAUGCAAGAGCUACCAAUAUAAUCGCCCCAGACCGCACUCCCAAGGAAACGCUCGUAAAAUAUUAUGGCAUAUGCGAUCGUUUGUCGGCCGUCCUCCAAAAGGAUAGUGUUCCAUGCUUCCUUCGCAUCUUCGAGAAGUAUAGGGAGUCCUUCAUUUCUGGUUUUGUCAUCAUUCCACAAACCCUCGACUUAAUUAUUCUAGAGAAUGCCCUGCGUUGUGCUAAUGUUGUUUUGGAGGGGAAGUCGCCAAAGCUCUGCGGGGUGCGUGCCAACCCCAACUACAUGACCAGCUUUGGGUACUUCCCCCUCCACCAAGCUGCCGAGUCAUUCUCCGCUGACAUGGUUGAGUUACUGUUUCGCUAUGGCGCAUCAGCCAAUCAGCGCACCUCGGGUAAUAAAGUCAUUGAGGGCCUCCUCCCACUCCAUGUUGCCAUCGAGAACACCUGCCAGCAUAAGUAUCUGGAGGACAACCUAUUAGUUGAUGAGAACUACAGGAAGGGGAAUGUUGAGUACAUCUACAAGCUCAUACAUCUGCUUUGCCUGCCUGAGAUGAAGAUCUUCUUGGACACCACUAGAUCGCUUGCAGCUCACACUGAUAAUGUAGUUGAUGAGCUCUGGAAUUACAUCAAGCAGGGGAAGCUUGUCCCUGCUGCUAUUUUGCUUCUUGCAGCUCAAAGGCAAUACCGUAAUCUCAAUGGGUUUGAUAUCAUCAAGGCUCGUAUCGAGGAUUCUAUGUGUGGAUUAGGAAGUGGUAAAAAUGCCAAGGCAAAAAAGCAGCUGAAGGAGAUGAAAUUACAUCUUAUCAAUGCAUUGGUGCUUGUUAGGAUAAUUCUCAAAGCUGGUGAAGCUCUUGAGGCAUAUAUUCAAACUCACUCAGAGGCAUCUCAUGAGGAGGUCCUUGGAGAAGUUUCAGCAGUUCUCCUGAAUUGUGAUGUUGGUCCUAGUGGAAAAGAAAUCUGCAUUGAAGACCUUGACUGCUGCCCUUAUGACUGUGGCGAGCCAGCCGGGAACACAGGUUUGACCAAGGCAGCCACUGGAUCACCUACUCUGGAAGUCAAGGAGAAAAGUGUUUGCUGA